GCGGAGGCCAGUUGACUUCGAUCCGUCGAGCGUAACGUGUACGCCAAAAGGAGUACGCUGCACGCUCUCUACUUGCGCACUCCGAUUACGUCCGGAAUAUAUAGUCAUCGGAGAAGCAGAGAAGAUUUCUCGUCUCGAAGACGAUGUUCCACGCGAGUGUGUAACCAGCUCGCGAUAACACGCAACCCCGUAACGUAAAAACUGUGUGUGACGUUCGUCGUGUCGUAAGGCGUGUAAAAGCUUGGCGAAGCUAGAAGAGAAACGGUAUACGUACAAAGUGGACAGGAGCCGACAGAGGAACGAGAUAUACAUACCGAACGAGACCGUACGAGCGUCUACCGCUAUCUCGUGCGCUUACCACUGUGGGUUGGCUCGAUCGAUCGAUCGGCCGAUCGAUCGAUCGAUUAAUACACGGGGUGCGUUGUACAUCCGCGUUCGACAGAUAAGCCCGUACGUUUCGGAGGUGUGUCUGAUCGAAUUAAUCGGACGACCCACAUCUGUUCUUUCGUCGCUUGCCCCAGUGUUGUGUACCGUCCGUCAGCAGGGACAAACACUCGCGCGCGCGUCGUCGACGUCGAGCAAGAAUCGACCAGAGAGGAAAACGCGUACACACGCGCACGACAUGAAGGCGAUGGUGGUGAGCCCGGUGGGCGGCAGAGUGCCGCCGAGUCGAGGUGUCCUGCACAACAGCCUCGGGAUCAACGGAACCCGUCGUGACCUGGAAGCAGAAGAGGUAGCCGCUUACCUGACGAAGCUGAGAUCCCUGGUGCCCGACAUGCCGAGGAAACGGAAGUUGUCGAAGCUCGAGGUUAUCCAAAGGGUGAUCGAGUAUAUCUGCGAUCUGCAGACGACGCUCGAGGAGACGAACGUGCACCACGAAUCCUCCACCGUGGCGAAAACCGUGCAAAGGCAGCCUCUGCAGCCGUUGUUGAACGCCGCGACGACCGUGCCGACCACCACCGCGUCGUCGGCGACGACCACGGUCACCGGGAUGGUCGCGGAACGGUGACCUGUGUCGGCGAGCAGCGAGCUCCAGUGAGGUCCAGGUCGCUGCGAGCUUCUUGUCCUCGUGGCCUGACCACUUGACCUCCGUCGUGUUUCGACGUUGCAGAACUACGUCGAGUCUUUUUCGGGGAGAGUAGUCGGAAUCGAGAGAACUCGGCUCGUUGUGGCAGCGUUCCG